UCACCAAGUUCUUCAUUUAUGUCACAACCUAUACAAAAAACAACAAUUAAUUUAACAUCUCCCUCAAAGAAUCUGGAUGGACAUGUACAAGAAACAAAACAAAAGAGGCUAGAAAUUUAUAGAACAGAGGAGAUUGAUACGCUUGUUAGUACUUUGCCUAAAGAAAAAAUUCCUCCGGAAUGGGAUAAAUUGUCAUCUGAAGAAAUUGUUAAUGAUCCAAAAAUGGCCCAUACCUACAUAACAGAAAUACCUGGUGGACUUCCUCCAACAGCUAGAGGAAAUAAAUAUUCAUAUAUUUAUGAAUCUAAAUUAGAAGGUGAUAACAACGAAAUACAAGAAGAAAAACAACAAAAUAAUUUGUUAAAUAAUUUAAAAAUAAAUAAUGGAAUAAUUAUAGAAAAUGGAAAAACUGAACAAGAAGAGAAACAAGUGGGGGAAGAAAUUUGUACAAAUGAAGAUGGAAUUGAAAGGAGAUGUAAAUCUACACAAAAGAUAACAAGAAUAACAAAAAUAACAACAACACGUUCAGUAAAACAAUUUCCAGUUGAACCAGGAGAUUUGUAUUUUGAUGCUGAUGGAAAUCCAAUACUUAAUGGUUUUGAUGAAGCAAUUUCUUCUCCGUCCCCAGCAGGAGGAGGAAGAGCCUCAGAUUUCAGUAGAUGCUCCCCCUCAGAAGAUGAUUUCAUGCCUUCUAGUUCUGCAGGAACAAUUAUUGCGGAUGAUCAUUCUAUAGGCAUUGAUUUAAUAAAUACUACCAAGAGGUCUUGUGAAAGAGAAGUAUCACCUAAAGGUUUGGAUGAAAUUGAUGGGAAAACGAAAAGAGAAACUCCAAGCGCCCCCGGCAUUCCACAAAUAACUGAAUGUUUUGAAGAAGUAAUUGAAGGAGAAGGAGAUAUUGUUCCUUUAACAAUUUCUUUGUGUUGGUCUUCCCCCGAAUUUGAAGGAACUGCUGGGCCUUUAAUUGGAUAUAGAGUGGAAUUUAGACGUUCAGAGUUGGAAGAAUGGGAACCGGCACAUGAUGAUUUGUUGGGAGAAAAUGAAUGUAAAAUUACCAAUUUGGACCCAGAAGAUCAUUAUCAAUUUCGAGUUGUUGGGGCUAAUAUGGCUGGAUUUGGAAUUCCGUCUGAGGCAUGUCCAGCGAUUCGUUUACGCCCAGAAAGUACUCAAUUUGGAACUGAAGCUCAAUAUCCACCUCCACCACCUAGUCAACCUCAAAUAAUAAAUAUAGGAACAGACAAUGCAACAAUUGAAUGGAAAAAUUUGACAGAGGGAAAUUAUAAAUAUUUGGUACAAUAUAGAGAAAUAAAUACAUUAAAUUGGAUUAAUGCUAUUAACUCACCUACUAAAGAAAAUAAAUUUAAAGACGAAAAUGGCAAAAAUUCAACCAGUCCUUCAUCUGGUUUUAUUCGUAUUCGUCCACCUGCUCCUCUUCGAAAUGGAAAAAUUUCUUCACAAAAUUUAAAAUCGAAGGAUUUGGCAGCACCCGAACCGCCUGGAAAACCAAAGGUAUUAGAAUCUGGCUCAAAUUGGAUUCAUUUACAUUGGGAUACUCCAAUCCCUUCUACUUCUUAUGAUAUUUCUUCUUUUUCUUCACCUUUUGAUUCAAAUUUGGCAUAUUUAAUAGAAAUACGUGAAUUUGGUGUUGGUAAUUCUGGUUGGAAACAAUUAUUUGAUAGAACAGCAACAGGACAGGGAAUGUUAAAUUACACGACUAUUAAUGAUCAUUUUGUUGUGGAUAAUUUAUCAUCAGAAUUUAAAUAUGAAUUUAGAAUUUGGUCAAUUUCUUUAAAUAAUGGAUUACAUUCUUCUUUGCCUUCACCAAUUUCUGAACCUAUUAAUUUGUUAAAUUCACAAAAUGAUUGGCAGCCAAAAUUACCUCCUUUAACUAGCCAAACUUUGAAUAACAAAAAAGUGCCUGAAAGACCUUCAGCGCCUGAAUAUCUUGAAUUUUUCCCAACAAGUUUAACACUUUGUUGGCAACCAGCAAAAAGUUCACUUCCCGUUCAAGGUUACGAAAUUGAAUUUCGUGAUCCAAUGCAAGAUGCAUCCAAUUGGUAUCGCUUAACAACAGAUUCAUUAAUUAAAACAUGCAAAACAAGUAUUGGAUCACUUUUAUGUGGACAUCAAUAUCAAUUUCGAAUUUUGGCAAGAAAUUCUGUUGGCCUUUCACAACCUUCAGAUCCUUCUCCUCUUGUUACUAUUGGAGGAGUAGGGAAUCAGGGAGGAUCGAAGGAAACAACUAAAAAUAAUUUAAUACCUUUAAUGGAAGAAAUGUUCGUUAGAGAAUCACCUCCAUUGCCUGAUAGAGAUGAUUCUCCUCCACCAAUAUAUCGCCAAUCAGAAUCUUCAUUACAAUGGAGAGAUCCAACAUUAAAAGAAGUUAUAGAUUAUUUAAAAAGUCCUGAUCCAAAUUUAGUUUUGGAUGCUUCUGGUUAUUUACAACAUUUGACGUUUAAUAAUGAUUUAAUUAAAGAAGAAACUAGAAAUUAUGGAGGCAUUGAAUGUUUAAUUAAUUUAUUAAAUUCUUCAAAUCAAGAAAUUUUACGUAAUGUUUGUGGUUGUCUAAAAAAUUUAGCUUUUGGCAAAUUGAAUGAUGCAAAUAAAAGAUUAAUUUAUCAAAAGAAUGGGUUAAAGUCACUUGCUCAACUAUUAAAAACUUGUCAAAAUUCACUUGUUCAUGAAGAAGCUACAGGUGCUUUAUGGAAUAUAUCUUCGGCAGAUGAAUUAAAAGAACCUAUAUUAAAUCAAACAGCCGAAGCUGUUAUUAGACAUGCUGUGCUUCCUUCUUGGGAAAUACUAUCCAACCAACAACAACAGCAACCUACUAGUUCUUCUAUUCAAAUUAAUCGUAAUCCUGUAGCUAUUGUUUUUAGAAAUGGAACUGGAAUUUUGAGAAAUAUUUCUGCUGUUAAUGAUCGAUCUCGCCGUUUUCUUCGUUCAACACCCGGAUUAGUCGAAACACUUUUAAAUUUUUUACAUUUUGCAACCUUAAAAAAUCAAUUAGAUACUCGAAGUUGUGAAAAUGUUAUUUGUUUAUUAAGAAAUUUAAGUUAUAGAAUACAGGAAGUUGUUGAUAGUAAAUACGACCCAAAUAAAAUUAAAUAUUCAAUGAUGAAAGAAAAGGAGAAUGUAAUUAAUGGAGGACAAUUAUCUCCUCGUUCUAAUGAAAGAAGUAAAUCAGCACCUUCUGGAAGUCCAAAAUUAGAUAUUACACCAAACAAGAAAGGAGGAAAAUUUUUUAGUAGAAGAAGAAAAAAAUCAGAAAUUGAGCUUUCUAACAGUAACAAUAAUAAUGAAAAUGUUGCAACAUCAAUAUCAGGUCCACAAUUACUUUGGAAUCCUUCAACAAUUCGUUUAUAUUUAAAAAUUUUGGAAGAAUCUGCCAAUUGUGAAAUUUUAGAAGCUUCAGCUGCAGCAAUACAAAAUUUGGCUGGUUGCCCUUUUUAUGGGUCUUUAUUAGUUCGAGAAACUGUUAGGAUAGAAAAGGGUUUACCUAUACUUGUUGAAUUACUUCGUCUGAGAGAAGAUAGGGUAGUUUGUGCUGUUUGCUGUGCUUUGAGGAAUUUGGCUUUGGAUAAACGCAAUUUAGAAUUAAUUGGAAAAUUUGCCUUGUCUGAUAUUUUAAUAAAAAUUCCAACUUAUCAAGAAUUAGAAUUAAUUAAAGAACAACUACAAAAACAACAACAACAACAAAUCCCUUCAGAUUCAACAUUAAAUGCAAUUUUAGGAAUUCUUUGGGAAAUUGUUAGAUUAAAUAGUGAAAUGGCUAAAUUAGUACAUUCAACUAUUGAGGGAACUGAACGGCUACGAGCAUUAGCUAAAUCAUAUCCCAUAUAUGGACGUAAAACGUGUAAAUAUGCAACUCAGGUUUUAUAUAUGAUGUGGCAACACAAAGAAUUACACGAAUUAUUUAAAGAAUCUGGUUUGGAAGAAUCUGAUUUUUAUAGUGGAACAACUACUUCAAGUUUAAAUAAAUCGAGAUCAACAAGUAAAGAAAUUAUUUCUUCUAAACAACAACAACAACAUUAUUCACCUUCUUCUUUAACUACUACUUUAGCUAGACCAUUCUCUUCUCAAGGAAUGGAGCGACCUACAAAUUUAUUAUUAACACAACAAACAAACAACAAUAAUUAUGAAACUCUCAAUAAUACUCCAACGUCUAAAUCGGUUUCUGUCAGUCCAUACCAAUCCUCUCUAAUUCAACAACAACAGCAACAAUUAAUUAGACAAACACCUCCACAAUUUAAUAAUCAAAGAAAUAAUAAUAACUUUCAAAAACCUCCAAUAGAUCAAUUAUAUUCUUCUGUUCAAAAAAAUAACGAAAAUUUACAAAAACAACAAAGAAGGCAAUCUAUAGAUAGUUGGGUUUAG